AUGAGGAGCGAAAUAACCGUGUGCUGUUUUUUUUUUGCUUUCCAUUUUCCUCCCCAGAGCAUCAUCUUCCGUGUUCAACACCACCCAAACUUCCCGGGCUUCACGCAGUGCGUGACGUUUGGGUUUUUCACGACGCCCGCCAUGGAGACGGCCUACAACCUGUUCUGCGUGGUGGCGAUGUACUUCAUGCCCCUGAUGGUCAUCAGUGCGGCGUACACCGUUAUCCUGUGUGAAAUCUCCAACCGAUCGCGAGAGAAAGAAACGAGCGAUACGAGCCACACCGGUGGUAUGCGGCUUCGUUGCAACGAUUUAACCCACAUCGAACGUGCCCGGCAGAGGACACUCCGGCUCACCAUCACCAUUGUUGUCGUGUUCGUGUGGUGCUGGACGCCGUACGUUGUGAUGACACUCUGGUACAUGUUCGACCGGGAAAGUGCCCUCAAAGUGGACGGAGCCAUCCAGGACGGUCUGUUUCUGAUGGCGGUUUCAAACUCGUGCAUGAACCCGCUGGUUUACGGUUCCUACGCGAUGAAGUGUCGGCGGCCUUGGCGCAGGCAGCCGCCUCCGAACGGAUUGCAAACUCCGAACGCAGCGCAGCGCCGGUCCACGGAUGCCGUGUCGGGGAUGGCGGGCCCACACUCGGACCGACUCACCGGACGAGACAAUAAGGACGAGCUGGUGGCGUACGAUGGCACGGACCGGAACAAGCUGAAGCUCAAUCAGUUCGGCUUGGCCAACGGGUUCCCGGCCAAGAACGGCGGCACGAUGGCGGGUGGUGCUGCCGGCACAUCCGUUGCCACAACGAGAUUCGGAUACUGCACCACAACUGUGGGCGGGCGGAACGUGACCGAGCCCAUUCGAACGGUGACCAUGAACAGUGGCAACAGGGGGAAAGGCUUUCAACCCAGCUACAGCGAGUUUGUAGUGCUGGCAGAUGAACGCUCGAUGAUGCUGUCUCGGCCAUCGUUCUACUCCGACCCCACCCCGAACGAUUUCGACUCGACUGUUGAUUGCGGUCUGACCCGCAGUCUGGAUACCGGUGGCUGGCGAUGAUGAAUCAGGAACAAACAUAGUAAGUAGCUAGACCAAUGCGAAAGCACAAAUCUGCAUUACAUUCACCAGGACGUACAAUUCAAUCAGGGUAGGACAGUGUUUUGGGGGGAGCGGGAAACACGCAGCUUUUCCAGGGAAAAUGAUAUGAGCAGCAUGCAAUGUAGGGUAACGAUAGAUGGAGGUAAAUCGGAGACCGGUAGAUAGAGGAGUAUUUUUUCUAAGCAUGUAUAUCUGAAAAGAAGCACAAUAUCGAAGAGUGAGUCAAAUGAUAAAUCUAUAUUUUCAUUUGUUCGUUUAGGAAACCGAAUAAAUAGGCAUUCAUGUUCUAGAAAUUAAA